GGGCGUGGCGGGUAGCUGUGGCGGCGGCUGAGCGGUGGCCGCGGUGGCAGCGGUGCGGAGCCCCAUGGUGCCGGUGCGCGGGCCGCGGCGGCUGAGGAAGGCGACGCCGCCAUGGGCUCCCUGUUCCGCAGCGAGAGCAUGUGCCUGGCGCAGCUCUUCCUGCAGUCGGGCACCGCGUACGAGUGUCUGAGCGCGCUGGGCGAGAAGGGCCUGGUGCAGUUCCGAGACCUCAACCAAAAUGUAAGUUCUUUUCAAAGAAAAUUCGUUGGCGAGGUGAAGAGGUGUGAGGAGCUAGAGCGAAUAUUGGUGUACCUGGUGCAGGAGAUUACCAGAGCUGAUAUUCCCCUGCCUGAGGGAGAGCCCAGUCCCCCCGCACCACCUCUUAAACACGUUCUAGAAAUGCAGGAACAGCUGCAGAAACUCGAGGUGGAGCUGAGAGAAGUCACCAAGAACAAGGAGAAGCUGCGCAAGAACCUGCUGGAGCUGGUGGAGUACACCCACAUGCUGAGGAUCACCAAGACCUUCCUUAAACGGAAUGUGGAGUUUGAACCCACUUAUGAGGAGUUCCCCGCCUUAGAGAACGAUUCUCUGUUGGACUACAGCUGCAUGCAGAGGCUGGGCGCCAAGCUGGGAUUCGUGUCUGGCCUGAUCCAGCAGGGCAAAGUCGAAGCAUUUGAGAGAAUGCUGUGGCGGGCCUGCAAAGGGUACACCAUCGUGACCUAUGCAGAGCUGGAUGAGUCCCUGGAAGAUCCCGAGACGGGCGAAGUCAUCAAGUGGUACGUGUUCCUGAUUUCCUUCUGGGGAGAGCAGAUUGGCCACAAGGUUAAGAAGAUAUGUGAUUGUUACCACUGCCAUGUCUACCCGUAUCCAAACACGGCUGAGGAGCGCAGGGAGAUUCAGGAGGGGCUCAAUACUCGGAUCCAGGACCUCUACACUGUGCUGCACAAGACGGAGGACUACCUGAGGCAGGUGCUGUGCAAAGCCGCCGAGUCCGUGUGCAGCCGCGUGGUGCAGGUGCGGAAGGUGAAGGCCAUCUACCACAUGCUCAACAUGUGCAGCUUCGACGUCACCAACAAGUGUCUCAUAGCUGAGGUCUGGUGCCCCGAGGUGGACCCCGGCUUGCGCAGAGCCCUGGAGGAAGGCUCGAGAGAGAGCGGAGCUACAAUCCCCUCAUUCAUGAACACAAUCCCUACGAAAGAAACGCCGCCCACUCUGAUCCGAACCAACAAAUUCACCGAGGGCUUCCAGAACAUCGUGGAUGCCUAUGGUGUCGGGAGCUACAGAGAAGUGAACCCAGCGCUCUUCACCAUCAUCACCUUCCCGUUCCUGUUUGCUGUGAUGUUUGGUGACUUUGGGCACGGCUUUGUCAUGUUCCUGUUUGCCCUCUUACUGGUGUUAAAUGAGAAUCACCCCCGACUCAGCCAGUCACAGGAGAUCCUGGGGAUGUUCUUCAAUGGCCGCUACAUCCUCCUGCUGAUGGGGCUGUUCUCCGUGUACACCGGCCUCAUCUACAACGACUGCUUCUCCAAGUCUGUGAACCUCUUUGGCUCUCGGUGGAACGUGUCUGCCAUGUACAGCUCCAGCCACUCUGCCGAGGAACAGAAGGGGAUGAAGCUUUGGAAUGACAGCACCAUCAGGCACAGCAGGACUUUACAGCUGGACCCGAACGUCCCUGGUGUUUUUCGAGGCCCCUACCCUUUCGGCAUUGACCCCAUUUGGAACCUGGCCACAAAUCGCCUCACUUUCCUCAAUUCCUUCAAGAUGAAAAUGUCUGUGAUUUUAGGAAUUAUUCAUAUGACUUUUGGUGUCAUUCUGGGAAUAUUUAACCACUUGCACUUUAGGAAGAAGUUCAACAUCUACCUGGUGUCCGUCCCCGAGAUCCUGUUCAUGCUCUGCAUCUUUGGGUACCUGAUCUUCAUGAUCAUCUACAAGUGGCUGGCAUACUCGGCAGAGACCUCUAGAGAGGCCCCCAGCAUCCUGAUCGAGUUCAUUAACAUGUUCCUGUUCCCAGCCAGUGAGACCCAUGGCCUCUACCCAGGGCAGGCGCACGUCCAGAAGGUGUUGGUGGCCCUCACGGUGCUGGCGGUCCCCGUGCUCUUCCUAGGAAAGCCGCUCUUCCUGCUGUGGCUCCACAACGGGCGCAGUUGCUUUGGUGUGAGCCGGAGCGGUUACACGCUUGUGAGGAAGGACAGCGAGGAGGAGGUUUCCCUGCUGGGCAGCCAGGACGUAGAAGAGGGGCACAACCGCAUGGAAGAGGGCUGCCGGGAAAUGACGUGCGAGGAGUUCAACUUUGGGGAGAUCCUGAUGACGCAGGCCAUCCACUCCAUCGAGUACUGCCUCGGCUGCAUCUCCAACACCGCAUCCUACCUGAGGCUCUGGGCCCUCAGCCUGGCGCAUGCACAGCUGUCGGACGUGCUGUGGGCCAUGCUGCUGCGCGUGGGCCUGCGUGUGGACACCACCUACGGGGUCUUGCUGCUGCUGCCUGUCAUGGCCUUCUUUGCAGUUUUGACGAUCUUUAUCCUGCUGGUCAUGGAAGGGCUUUCUGCAUUUCUCCAUGCCAUACGCCUUCACUGGGUUGAAUUUCAGAACAAAUUCUACGUUGGUGCAGGCACCAAAUUCGUUCCUUUCUCCUUCAGUCUGCUCUCCUCCAAGUUCAGUUGUGGCGACAGCUUAGCAUGAUCACAUUGCUGCCCCCAUCCCGCCAGAUCUACGGAGAACUAUCAUGUUACAGAAUUCACUCAAGUCAGAGUUAUGACAGGAAAGUUCCACCCUCGUCGACUGCCUUACGAUUCAGCCAAAUGAUUCUGUGAGAUACGCCUCUCCUUAUUUUGAAGAUUUUGUAAAGCUCACCGCUUCGGACACAGAAAUUUCGUUGGUUUUUAUUAUGAGCAAAUACAAGUUAUGCCAACGUCACAUUAAAGUUAUUUUUAAAGUGUCAGAUUGGAGGAGAAAAGGCAGCUGGAUGGCUAGCUGAUGGCCUCAGAUCCUCGAUUCCCUUUCCACUCUAAAAACAAAGUGAUUCCAUCACAAGAUGUCAGGUCAUAUUUUCCAGCAGCUCAAGCCAGACAUAGUUUUUUCAGACAUUAGUGCUGGGUCAUCCGCAGAUCCCCGCUCCCCCUGCUGGCUGGAGAAUGUGUGGGUUCUCCCUGGAAGCUCUCAGAAUCACCAGGAGGGGCAGCUGGACAGCCAUGGGACCACACAGGUCAGCACAUGGCUCUCCCGCUGGAAUAUUUCUACAAGAUUCUUGUCCUGUUUGUUACCCUUAUGUCAGACCAGUCACGACAGUUGUACCUUUGGGGAGAAGACUGUCCUGAGCCUUAAAACCCGGUGUGACGGCAGGGGACAGGUGAACCGAGUGUGUAUUUUUAUAGCAAAGAACAGAUGAAGAUAUUUUACCACAGAGACCUUGCUUCUACUUGGGAACAGUCUAAUUUUUUACUUCCACACUAAUUCUGAAUAAAGGUCUGAUGGCCACAGUUUAAUUUCCAAAAACUGUUCAGGUCAGUUGAAAACUAAUUCUCACUAAUCGGUUAAUUUAUUCUCUCGAGUGUAAAAAUCACCUGCUCUUGUGUUGCUCAGCUUCGCAUGACGUUGACUCAGCCCCACUGCACACUUUGAUCCAAGCCAUAGUCUUAUCAGUUAUGUUCAUUUUCACAUUUCACGUUAAGUGAUUUAGAUAAAGUGUUUCAAAAAGAAGUCUGAGACUGGGGGGUAGCUUGGUUGUGAUCCCCUGAGCCACCUCUCCCAGGUGUGCCGACACCUGCCUCAUCGUAUUCCUCACCCGCAGACGGUGUAGGCAGGGGAUCCCAAGUUCAGUGGUACCCUUGGCCAUGUGGUAAGUCGAGGCAGCCCAGGCUCCAUGUCACCCUAAAGAGAGAAAGGAAUCCAGCAUUUCUGCCCUCUUGAAAUUUCGAGUCACAUGCUCCUACAGAGGCCUGUUGGUCCCCUGCCCCUCCACUCUGUGUGGUAGAGUACGCCCCUUGAUUAAAAGCCCAGCCCUGGCAGUCGGAGUGUGUCAGCUUUUCGGUCCUUUAAGGCCUGUUUGCUGAGAUGCACGAGCUGCCUGUGCCGCUCUGGACUGUAAAGUCACCCCUCUCCAGCUGCAGUGGAGUCCGCACUGGGGGGCGGUGAACUCCGCAUCUGUGCCCUGUGUGCCAGCUUCCUGGCAGCUAUGAUGCCAAACCUACCGUGGAUGAGGUGGUGCUGCCCAGAGUUAGACCUGCUCUGAUCGGUAUCCAUGUCACCCCAUGUUGUCACUCUUGUUACUGUCCCCCCAGGGUCUUUGGUCAUCACAGAGUUAACUGAUUCCAGGGACAAGGACCAUCAGGAGACGCAGUUUGUGCAGAGUGAGGAGACUCCUCAGCUGACGUCUGUCACAGUUAUAUAGAAUGUAGUUACAUAAACAUAAGUUACUCCAUCUGUGAUCCCUCUGGAGAUAUAACGAUAGCACCACACAGAGGGACGCACAGCUCUCUGGGUGUCCUGUUCAUCUCCUAUAACCACAGAGCCCUGUUACUGGUUCAGGUGUUCAGCACUGUCACACAGACUUCUGUUGGUGGAGAGGCGGGAUAUGGCCAGUAGAGGCGUCCAAAGGGCUUCCAGCUCUUGGGCUCUCCACCAUGGGACCUGGGACAGACUCCUUUCCCCCCAGAUCCCCUCCUAGCCUCAGUUCCAGAGUGGGUCUGUACGCUUUGAGAUAUCCAGUGCCACCGUGCAGGCCGUGGCUUGGCUGGCACUCUGGCGCACAGCGCUGGGCUGGGCAGGAAGUGGGUCCGAUGGCAUUCAGACCCAGUGUUCCAUCAGCAGUAGAGCGAUAAGGCAGACUGCCCGUUGGUAACUCACCGGGCUGGCACAUCAGGCUGUGAUUCAGAGUUUGACCCACUUGGGAAAAUACAAACACAAAAACAGCGUCAGCAGUAGUUUCUCGAUGGAAGUGUUUAAUCUGGACCUGCUGGCACGCCAUACUCUCCAGGCCGGCCUUAAGGACUGUCACGAUGCUCUGAGCAGGGAGUUGGGAGUAAUGCCUUUCCCUCUGGUGGACUGCUGCUGUGGAGCUUUGCCCCAACACCUCAAGAAAUCCUCAGAAAACGCUACUCCACAGGACGAUGUAACAAGACUGCGUCUGGAGCCGGACCUGGGCCAGGCACUCCGGGAGCGGGUCAGGACUGCAUUGCGCAGACGCACGGAAGGACUACUCUGCCUGUCAGUAUUGAACUUCCUUUUGCUAGUGACAAAUAAAUCUAUAUUUUUGA